AUGGCAGGAGAUCUGGGGAAAAAUCCUGCCCUCCAGGAGAUUCUGGACAAGUUGAAUGAUAUGCGGAGAGCCAACGACGCGCUACAGGCUCAGGUGACGGAACUAACGAAGGACAGAUCUGACCAUCAGGUCUCUGACCGGAGAAUGGCAGCAACGGUGGUCAACUUUCAACCGUUCGCGGUGGCCAUCGCAGAGGUCGAGACCCCGGAGCACCUGAAGACCUUAGUGUUGGAACCUUACUCGGGAAACUCUGACCCGAAGGAGCACUUGGUUUAUUUUAACACCAGAAUGGUUAUCGCCGGCGUAAUUGACGCCGUCAAGUGCAAGCUCCUCCCCUCAACGUUCAGGAAAUCAGCUAUGACCUGGUUCACCACCCUACCCACCAGAUCAAUAGCAGAGUUCUCCACGAAGUUCCUGUCACAGUUCUCGGCGAGUAGAUCUGAGCAAGUGACCAUUGCAGAGCUGUUGUCGGUGAUCCAGAAAGAAGGUGAGACGAUUAAGAGCUACGUGUCUCGUUUCAAUGAAGUUUCCGUUCACAUGGAAGACUUAGUUCCAGCGGUGUGCGUUACGACUUUCAAAAACGACCUCUGUGAAGGACAGUUGAACGGGAACCUGACGCGCCACCCUGCCUCAUCAAUGGUGGAGAUUCGGCAGCGAGCGCAUAACUACAUACUGGAGGAGGAAGACAACCGUCAGAAGAAAGGACGAGACAUGUCCUCAUCUAACAGCAAAGCAUACCCACCCCCUGCUAACCUCCGUUUCUAUUACAGUUAG